AUGGAUAACGAUGAUAUUUAUAAAACACCGACAAUUCUUAGAAAAGAAGAUUUUAGUGAUAACUUUUUUUUAAAUAACGAUAAUACUAAUCCAUUUUUGCUCUCUGAUGUUGGUGAUACUACAAUUCAAAAACCAAAGGUUACAAAAUUUAAUACUUAUAAAGAUAAUAAGCAAGAUGUGGAAAAUAACAACAACAAUGAUAUUAUUAGCAAUAUUAAUAUAAUUGAUAUGGAAACUACACCUACAAGAACACAAGAUUAUAUUAUUGAUGAUAAUUUUACAUAUAAUCUACAUAACGAAUAUGAAAAUUUGGUUAAGGUGAAUGGAAUGGUUGCAACAAUUAAUAACAAUAUGGAUCAGGCAAGACGAAAUUUACAGAGUAAUUAA